AUGGAUGUCAACAGAUUAAUCCACCAUAAGGUGCCAAAGGCCAGCUCGGUGGCUCUGAUCAGCCCUGGGGACAGCAAAGCCUCGCUCAGCUCCUUUUCAAUUGAGAGCAUCUUAGGUCUGGACCAGAAGAAAGACUGUGUUCCUUCCAUGAAACCUUACAGGCCCUGGGCAGACACCUGCAGCUCCUCAGGGAAAGAUAUUAACCUAUGCCUACAUGUCCCGAGUCUUUCUAAGGGAAUCUCAGUCCCGUGUUCUGUGGCCCACUCAGUACCAGAAGAGAGAAUUCUGAAAUAUGAAGAUUGCUUCUUAGCCUCGGAAAGAUUGUCUCUGAAAAGAAAGUUGAGCUGGUAUCGAGGCCGAAGACCAAGAACUGCUUUUACACAAAACCAGAUUGAAGUAUUAGAAGAUGUCUUUAGAGUAAACUGCUACCCUGGCAUUGAUAUCAGAGAAGAUUUAUCUCAAAAAUUGAAUCUAGAGGAAGACAGGAUCCAGAUCUGGUUCCAAAAUCGGCGUGCCAAGCUGAAAAGGUCCCAUAGAGAAUCACAAUUUCUAAUGGCAAAAAAACAUUUCGACACAAAUCUCCUGGAACAGAGAGAAAACUAA